AUGGCUUAUUCUAGUUCAACCCGGGACUUUGUUGCACUUUCAGAUCUGCAUCCAAAUCUUGCUCGUCCUAACGUAAUCGGUGUGGUUAUUGGGAAAACAGAUGUCAGAGGCUUUCCAGACAGAAAAAACAUUGGAUCUGAAAGGUACACCUUCAGCUUCACCAUCCGUGAUUCGCCGACUUAUUUUAUAAAUGUAAAUUCUUGGGGCAGAGAAGAGUAUAUUAGACCACUUUCAGAAAGCUUUAGAGUUGGUGACUGUGUUAUAAUCGAAAAUCCUUUAGUUCAGACAAAGGAAGCAGAAAGGGAAGAAAAAUUCAAUCCUGUAACUCCGAGUUGCUACAAAUUAUUGCUCAGUGAAAAUCAUUCCGUGGUCAAAAGGUCUUCACGUUAUGACAUGGACACCAAGCUGCUCUCUCUGUUGCACCUGCCUGUCAAGGACCCUCAGGAUUAUUAUUCCCUGGGGGAUAUAAUUGCAAAUGGCCAGAGCCUCGAUGGCAGAAUCCUCAACCUGCUUGCAGCUGUGAUGUCAGUUGGGGAGCCAAAGUAUUUUAUGACAUCAGACAAAAGAAAAGGUCAGAGGUGUGAAGUAAAGCUGUAUGAUGAAACAGAGAUGUCUUUUCCAAUAGUAUGUUGGGAUAAUGAAUCUAUCCAGCUUGCACAGAGUUGGAUCCCACGAGAAACAGUAAUAUUUGCAGCAGAUGUGAGAAUAAAUUUUGACAAGUUUAGGAACUGUAUGACUGCAACAGUGAUAUCAAAAACCAUCAUUACAACCAAUCCAGAAACAGCAGAAGCAAAUGUUCUCUUCAGCUUCAUAAAAGAGAGCGUACAAUCAAGGGCCUUGCAGGAUAAAAUGGAGGAGCAGUCAAAAGACUCCAUUAACUUGGAGACUAUAGUUGAUGUUUAUACUGUGGAGCAGCUGAAGGAAAAAGCUUCACAGAGUGAUGGGAAACUGGAACCAGUCUAUGGCAUUAUUUAUGGCUACAUUUCUACCCUGGACAUCGAUGAUAACGCUCAUAAAGUUAUUCGCAACAGAUGUUCAAUAUGCCGAUUUGUAGUGAAUGAAAUGUCCAACACGUGCACGUUCUGCAGUGACCUCUCUCCAGGUUCAAAGUCAACUUUUGCAAGCUUUGACAUACUCAUUGACCUGACAGAUCACACAGGCACUCUUUAUUCUUGCUACCUGUCUGACUGUGUAGCUGAGGAAACAUUAGGCUGCACAGUCCAUGAGUUCCUCACUCUAACAGAAGACAAGAUGACUGCAUUGAAAUGGCAGCUUCUUUUGGAACGAAGCAAGAUUUAUUUUAAAGUCACUUCAUCACCCAGCUGGAGAAAUGGACUGAAAGUGAAUGUUCUUUCAUGUAAACUGGCAGACCCGAUAGAGGCGAGCCAGAGCUUGUUGGGGAAAGAGGCAGGAAAGAAGAGAUUACACUAUUAAGAACUAUUAAUUAACUAUUAAUACCAGCUAGGAAAAAGACUUUCUUCACUGUGUUAUUAGAGGUAGAACGUUGUUGUAUUUUUGCUAAUGAUGUUCUGAUGGUAAAGAAGGAAUAUGCAUCCCUAAUCCCUGUAAGUGGGCUUCUGUGUUCAUCUUUUUGAGCUGAUUGUACUUCUUAAAAAGUGUAUUAGGGCCUCAGCUUAAGUCAGUCCUAUUGAAUUCAACCCCUUACAAGGGGAUGGAAGCUUUCUUCACUCAAUUUAGAAUAUAUUUUUAAAAAAUCAGAAAGAAUAAAUAGUGCAAGACAGAUCUGUUGAGCUUCUGUGUUUUUAACUGCCUUGCUACUUUUGUGUUCAACAAAUAAAGACCAACUUUGAAACACU